AAAAUUCCAAUUCUUUUAUCAGUAGUUAGCAAAAUGCAACAAGGUAACAUCGUAUUUUUAUGCUUGAUUUCAUUGAUAUUCUCCUCAAGCCUUCCCGAUCAACAUUUAGAUAAUUUAUGGAAUGAUUUUAAGAAUAAAUUUAAUAAAUCUUAUUCGGGAAAUCACGAUGUCAAUAGAAGAAAAGCUUGGGAAAAUAAUUUAAAUUUAAUAAAAAGCCAUAAUCAACAAGCUGAGAUGGGGGAGCAUAGUUAUUUGAUACAAGAAAAUUAUCUCGCCGAUUUGUCUCCUCGUGUAUACUUACAAAAAAUGAUUAAGUUAACCCAAAGUUCUCACAGGAAAAUAGACGUGGAGAUGGUGGGCGAUAUUUUUGAAAAAAUCAAUCAUUUGCCGGAUGAAAUUGAUUGGAGAAAAGAAGGAUUCACUACGCCCGUUUUUAAUCAAAAAGAUUGUGGAUCUUGUUAUGCUUUCAGUAUAGCUUGCGUGCUUCAAGCGCAAAUUUUUAAAAACACCAACAAACUGGUUCCCCUCAGCGAGCAACAGAUCGUGGAUUGCAGCAAGAAUUCGGGGAAUUUUGGCUGUAGCGGAGGGUCGUUGAGAAACACCUUGAAAUACUUGGACAAGGUUGGUGGGUUAAUGGCUUUCGACGACUAUCCGUACGUUGCCAAAGAAAAUAAAUGCAAAUACGAUUCGAGAAAGACUCUGGUUAACGUCACUUCUUGGUCUAUAUUACCAUCAAGGAAUGAAAAAGCUUUACAAAAAGCCCUUGUAAAAAUUGGGCCAAUUGCUGUAUCAAUUAAUGCAAGACCACGAACAUUUCAAUUGUAUCAUAAAGGAAUCUACGACGAUCAAAGUUGUGAAUCAAACACGGUAAACCACGCGAUGUUAUUGGUGGGAUACACCAAAGAUGCGUGGAUUUUGAAGAAUUGGUGGGGAAACAGAUGGGGCGAAAAUGGUUAUAUGAGGCUAAAACGCAACAAGAAUCGUUGUGGAAUCGCAAAUUUCGCAGCAUACGCAUUAGUAUAGUUAGAUGUUUUUUUUUAAGUUGGUGUAAGAAAAUUAAAACUUAAAUUGUUUUCAAUGUUUAUUGCAUUCAGUUCACAUGAAAAAUAUAAACGUGCAAAAGAUAAAGAGAAAACGUUAACUUUUGUAUUUUUGUUACUCUUAAUAAACUGAUAGUUGCUAGUCGUCGUGUUCGCCUCGAAUAGAAUGAAUUUAUUUUUUCGAGAGUGAAAUGUAAAAAAAUAAAACGGAGCGGACUCGAUGGGUACCGACUAUAUAAAGUAAACGUUAAGUUGACGGGGUCGUUAAGUAACGAGAAUACAACAUGUGCGAGAAUUGUUAAUUAAAAAAUAGAAAAAAAUAAAAA